UUUGUACGAAACGGAUCAUGUGAAAAGAAAAAAAAUAUCUAAUCCUGUAAUAGCGCUUUGCCCACUCCCCCAGCGGCCCAUCUCCGAUCAGAUCUGUUCCCUUAUUCUCUAGAUCUUCCCACCAACGCCCCACCGGAACAGCGACACAGGAGCCCUUGAUUCGUUUUUAUCCAAAUUUACGUUGCAUUAUGCGGAAUUCUUGCUCCCCUAUGUUCUAUCAUGAGCAUUUUCAGUGAGGAAAUCGGUGACAUAGAUAGGGUUUUGCGGUUGAUUUUUCUGCAAUGGGAUCGGCUCAGUCCGGGCAAGUAGCGGAGGAACGGGAGGAGGAGGAGGAGGACGAUGAUGGUGAUGAUAAUGUCGAGCCGGCUAGCGGCGAGUUGGAGAACUAUUUGGUGAAGAAGGUUCUGGAGCAGGAGCCAGAGAUGCUACCAUGUCACGCAUUGGCAUCGCCCUUGUCUCCUCAGCUGUCGUCCCUUGGUACGCCUCGAUUGGGGCCGGUGAUCAAGGUUUGGGAUCCGUAUAAUGUUCUAGCGCCGCCGCCACAGCUUCCUCCGCCCCCGGUAUUCACACGGAGCUUCUCGUCGAGUUCGAUUGACGACGAUCGAGUGGUCAUGGAGGUUUUUCUGAUCAGCCACGGGGAGUACGAGUUGAAUUUGAGAUCGGACUUGGUCGGCGGACGGUGCCCUGAGGCGGCUUUGACGCCGAAAGGUAAGCGGCAGGCAAGAGCGUUGGCUGUGUUCUUGAAAUCUCAGGGGGUUCGUUUCAAUGCCGUGUUUUCGUCUCCCUUGGAUCGGGCCCGAUCGAUGGCCGCUUCAGUCUGUCAGGAAAUGAAUUUUUCAGAAGAACAAAUACAAAAAGCAGAUGCCCUUACAGAGAUGAGUCAUGGACACUGGGAACAUUGCCUCCGGUCUGAUAUAUAUACGCCUGAAACGUUGAGCUUCAUUGAUAGAAUUCAACCCGACUUCGCUGCACCAGCUGGAGAAUCGUUAAGGCAGGUCGAGUUUCGUAUGGUUCAUUUUCUGAACGCAACCAUCUUGGAGCUUCCUGAAAAGCUGAGAUCAGACAUUGCAAUCCGUCCCAAUGAGACGCUUCAAAUGUCACACGAACUAACCAAUUCAAUUCUCGAUCGAGAUGCACAUUCUCUCCAAUCAUCCCCACAUUGGGACUUGCCUCACAGGCAGCGACAUGGGAUCGUGAGGAAGAAGUCGGGCAAGAGCAGGCUACAAACCGUGACUACCACCGAAGAACACGAAGCUGAAGACGAGAUCUCCCCUCGGGAUGCCCCUCUAAAUAUCAGAAACUCGUCAUCAUGUACGACAUGUAUCGGCAUCUUCACUCAUUCAAUUCCAAUUAAAUGUCUCCUCACAGGCCUCCUAGAAUGCAGCUUGGCAAUGCUGCACAAGUUUUGCAUAGAUGAUUCAUCUGUGACUGUUUUACAACAUUCACUAAAGUCGGGCUGGCAGAUAAAAACGAUGAAUGAUACCGCACACCUCAGGCUUCUCUAGCGUUCGAUUCGAUCGAUUGAUCGAUCGCUGUAGGAUGAUCUGUUCUUACAUAUUGACCAAAUCUUCCAUUUAUAUAAUUCUUGGAAUGAACUUUUCUAGCAGGCAACAUUCCUGCAUUCCUGUUGUAAAACCAUUAGCAUCCUCACACAGAAUACUGUAUCAAGUGAUUCUUUUGAUAUCUACCAUUUAUCAUUGAUCUUAUAUGAUU